AUGCCAGAGGGAAAUUACUCCACAGUGACUGAAUUUAUCCUUGCUGGGCUGUCAGAAAAACCAGAGCUCCAGCUGGCCCUCUUUCUCCUCUUUUUAGGAAUCUAUGUGGUUACAGUGGUGGGGAACCUGGGCAUCAUCACCCUGAUUGGGCUCAAUUCCCAUCUGCACACCCCCAUGUAUUUUUUCCUCAGCAGUCAGUCCUUCAUUGACCUUUGCCAUUCAACAGUCAUUAUCCCCAAAAUGCUGGAGAACUUUGUGACAAAGAAGAAUAUCAUCUCCUAUCCAGAAUGCAUGACUCGACUCUACUUCUUCCUUGUUUUUGUAAUAUCAGAAUGUCACAUGUUGGCUGAAAUGGCCUAUGACCACUAUGUUGCCAUCUGUAACCCCCUGCUUUACAAAGUUACCAUGUCUUAUCAAGUCUGCUCAUGGAUGGUAAUUGGGGUAUAUAGCAUGGGCUUGGUUGGUGCCACAGCUCAUACAUUUUGCAUGCUAAGAGUGAUUUUCUGUAAGGCAGAUAUCAUAAACCAUUACUUCUGUGAUCUUUUUCCAUUACUGGAGCUCUCUUGCUCCAGUACUUUUAUCAGUGAAGUAGUAGUUCUGUGUUUCAGUGCUUUUAAUAUACUUGUUCCAACCCUGACCAUCCUUGGCUCUUACAUCUUCAUUAUUGGCAGCAUCCUCCAAAUUCACUCCAUUGAGGGCAGGUCCAAAGCCUUCAGCACCUGCAGCUCCCACAUUUCUGCUGUUUCAAUCUUCUUUGGUUCUGCUGCAUUCAUGUACCUGAAGCCAUCAUCAGUCAGCUCCAUGGACCAAGGGAAAGUGUCCUCUGUGUUUUACACCAUUAUUGUGCCCAUGCUGAACCCCAUAAUCUAUAGUCUUUGGAAUAAGGCUGUCAAAGUUGCCCUAAGUAAGUUGCUGGACAAAAGAAGUUUUGCAUGA